AUGAAUUCCUUGUGUCGGACAUUCGAUUAUGAUACAUUAUCUAAACGAUGUCGACUAUUUGAAGGUGAAAUAACAACUGGUCAAGUGAAUAGAUCAGCAUCUAUCCCACCAACAUCAAGAGUAAGUAGUAUUGCAUAUACACAACAACUUUAUUUAGCCUAUUACCAAACAUGUGAUCGAUGUCAAGUAAAUCGAUAUUUAUUAUGUAUUAAUAAUACUUGUCAAUGUCUCCCACAUACAUAUUGGAAUGGAUAUAUGUGUUUAAAUGAAGGAUACGACGGUGCAUCAUGUCAGAAUGAUGAAUGGUGUAGAACUAAUAAAAAUCUUACAUGUUCUUCAUCUUAUUUAUGUGGUGAGUUUGUACACUGA